ACUAUCCCUUAAGGACAGCCCCUUCGUAGAUCUACCAAUAGAAACGCUCAGUCGAACAAUGCAAGCAGUCUUUAUUGGCCACCAUCCGAUCCUUCAAUUCAGCUAGUUAAAUAUAAAUUGGAUAAAAUGAUAAUGUCAGAAGUCAGUACAACUGUACAACGUUACCAGUGUCACUAAAUUGUUCUCAAUUUAGACCCAUUAACGGACUCUUGAUUAUCAAUCACAAGAAUUAGCUAGAUUGUUUUGAUUGUGUUAAUUUUUCGCGAACGAUGGAAGGUUCACCUUUCGACGACCAAAGUUUCAGUGAUUACUCCAACAACCAGCCCUUGCCUUCUUUGAACUCCACUCUUCUGCCUAACAAGAACCAGGAUAAUCUCAAUGUGCACUCGAUACAGGUGAUGCUGGGGCUCCAGAAUCAGCACGAUAUGUUCUCCAACAUGGGGUCACCUUUGGAGUACAAGACAUCUCCCUUGGAUUACAAAGGAUCUCCUUUGGAGUACAAGACUUCGCCAAAACUGGAGAACUCUCCUCUGCACCAUCAGGAUCUGUCAUUCCAACAAGGGUUUGAAGCCAUCAACAAUAAUGUGAGUGGUGCCAAGUUGAAGAAAGAUGAUGUUGCUAUGCUUCAAAGUCAAAAUUUGAGUUCGUCGGAUAUCAAACCGACUACUGCUACGCAGAAGAAAAACGAGAAGAAGAAGACUGAUAAUAAUGGAGUGAAGAAAAAGAAAACAAGAACAACAUUCACGUCUUAUCAAUUAGAGGAGCUGGAAAGAGCCUUUGAAAGAGCACCAUAUCCAGACGUCUUCGCCAGGGAAGAACUAGCAGUGAAACUAAACCUGAGCGAAUCCAGAGUGCAGGUUUGGUUCCAAAAUCGACGUGCAAAAUGGCGCAAACACGAGCCCUCCAGAAAAACAGGAUCUACCAGCUCCAACUCCCCUAGUUCAACCAUGCCAGUCAACUACAACAACUUAGGUUCCUUUCCGCAAACCAACAGCCUCAACUCAAUACCACCAGUAGACAACUGGAGCUACCAGUCAGGUUAUGAUCUAAAUCCUCACCUAAACCUGCUUGGUUCCACCCAGGGCAGUUAUCCCAGUUUUGGUUCUCCACAAAACGGGUAUUCCUACGCCUUGAACUCGCAUGAUAGUCAGAUGUUUGGAGCUCCUUUGAGGACACACGACUAUAUGGCUCCUUUGACCAAUCCCAAUACUCUACUGGGUAGAGAUUACUCCAUGUUGCAGACGGAUUCUGCUUCGGCUGAUGAUAGCUCGAUGGGUAUCAAAAUCGAGUACAUCGAUCAAAAACCUUCACCAGAACAUUACGACAGCAUCUCACCCAAAUAUGAAACCAAUUAUAGAGAUGCGGAUAGGAUGAAGGUUCUGAAGAAUGAAAAUGGUAACAGUCCAACUUAUGUGACGCUUCCGCCAUUUUUGAACUGAAAAGGAAUCAUGGAUAAGUAACUGAAGAAAAACUUCAAACCAUUAUUCCAAGAAAAACAUCCAUUUGUUAAAUAGUUACUAGACAGGCCAGGCAGUAAUGAUUUUUGGGAAUACUCACGUUGUUGUUGAAGAAUGUGUAUAUGUAUUUAUUUAGUAUGUUGAUAUCGUGAACAGUUGACAUAUUUGCUUCAUAGGUUAGAACAUAUUUAGUUUUCAACGUUGUGACACCUAAAAGUUGGGAAAAAGUUCUCGACUUGCAAGAACACAAAGUCAUUUUCCAAUUUGUUAUAACCCAAGAACAGCUGUUCACAGUUAUAUUACAGUCUCUCAAAUGAAAAUGCAAAUCAAUAUAUAUAACACGUUAUUUCUUGAGAUAAAGUUAUCACUUUAUGUUUAUACAAUUCUGUUGAAAAAAAACCAACUCACUAUUACUUCAGAAAUUAUAGGGAUCAAUUUUCUUAGAACUUCACCCAGUGUACUUACAACAUAAAAACGAAUUAAAUAUUGUAAGCUGGGGUUACAAAUUUUAAAGAAUAUUAUUGUAAAUAGUGUAUAUAAUGUAAACUUAAAUAUAUAUCUUUUUUUGUAACAUUUCGAAUUUGUUGAAUUUGUAAAUAGCUAAAUGCGAAAUUUUUAAGGCUUGGGAGUCGUGCUUUUGUCAUUCGUUAGGAGAAAUUAUUCGAGAAAUAUUUCUAUGUAGGUUAGGAGUUUAUUCAGAUAAGGAAUAUGUGAUAAUAAUUCAAAUUCUGGAUGUUCCGAGGAAAGUGAAUUUUGUACAUAGUGUAUAUAGUGUUUGUAAUUUACCGAUCGUGAAUUUUUGUGCCAUUUUAUAUGAUAGAGAUUAUUGUUUUGCAGAAGUUUGAGGAUGAACAUAUUUUUAUAAAAUGAAAUAAGUAGGUAGUUUAUAUCGAAGAUAAUAAAUUUUGAAUAUUUA